AUGCGUUACUCUUUCGUUGCAGCUGCCCUUGUUGGGUCAGUUGUGGCCGCGCAGCACAAGGCUCACGCUGGAUUCCACAUGCGCCGCAAUGGUGGAUACGCCGCCGAGGAGUCUUGCGAAAUAAUCACCCACACCGUCACUGUGACCGCAAUGCCCUCCAUGGCCCCCAACAGCACCAUGGCUGUCCCACCUACUGUCCCAGAGACUUCGUGCACUGAGGAGGGAAAGACUUCAAUCGUCGUUCCUACUCCUAACGUCCCGGCUUCGACCGGAGAGGCCCCCAAGCCUUCCAACCCUGCUCCCGUAGUCCCUGGAACUUCCAUGCCCGCGUACCCUGCGGUCCCUGAGUCCUCCAAGCCCGCUUACCCAGCUGUGCCCGAGUCCUCCAUGCCCGCGUACCCCGAGGUGCCAAUGUCUUCUGCACCUGGCUACCCCGCAGUGCCCGAGUCCACCAAGCCAGCGGUUCCCGCUGUCCCAGAGUCGUCCACCACCUGCACUGAGGAGGAGGGAAAGACUUCUUCCAUGGAGGCUCCCAAGCCAACCUACCCUGCCGGUACUCCUGAGGCAUCCAAGCCCUCUGUUCCCGAGGUGUCCAAGCCUGCCGUUCCCGAGGUCCCAGAGGCAUCUAAGCCUGCUGUCCCAGAGUCCACCACCUGCACUGAGGAGGAGGGCAAGCCCACUGGCCCAGCGCCCGUCCCGGAGGAGUCCAAGCCUGCUUACCCUACCGUACCUGAGGUUACUCAGCCCGCAUGCCCCUCCGUUCCCCAGGAGUCCAAGCCUGCUUACCCUUCCGUCCCCCAGGAGUCUAAGCCCGCUUCCCCUUCGGUUCCUGAAUCCUCCAAGCCUGCCGUUCCGGAGGUUCCCGAGGCUUCCAAGCCUGCCUACACUCCCUCUGCCCCUGCCUCUUCAGCCGAGAAGCCCAAGCCAACCCCUAGCUCCACCAAGGAGGUAGAGAAGCCCAAGCCCACUGGCAGCUACAACCAGGGUGACCACAUCAAGACCAACGGCGACAAGUGGGCCAUUACAUACACCCCUUACGCUAACUCUGGUGACUGCAAGACCGCCGAUGAGAUCGCCACCGACAUCAAGAAGAUCUCUGAGCUCGGAUUCACCACUAUCCGCUCCUACAGCACUGACUGCGGUGUCUUCGAGCACGUUGUUCCUGAGUGCCAGAAGUACGGAUUGAAGGUCAUCUACGGUAUCUUCCUUGAGGCCGGUGGCAAGGGCGGCAGGGGUCCUUUCUCCACUUACGCCAACGACCAGCUCAAGGACAUCACCGACAACGCCCCCAAGGACUCCGUCGCCAUGGUCAUUGUCGGAAACGAAUGUGUCUUCAACGGUAACUGCGACGUUAACGAGCUUGGUUCUUACAUCGACUACGUCCGUGAGCAACUCGUCAGCUCCGGCUACGAGGGCGUUGCUGUCACCACCACUGAGACUGUUGGCUCCUGGGAGGAGCACGGUGCUGCUCUCUGCGACCACAUCGAUGUCUUCACUGUCCAGGUCCACCCCUACUUCACCCAGUCCGUCUCCGCUGAGGAGGCCGGUGACUUCGCUGCCCAACAACUCGAGCAGGCUGCCAAGGUUUGCCCCGAGGCUGCCUCCAAGGGCAAGUACAUCACCGAGAUCGGCUGGCCCAGCGCUGGCCAGUCUAACGGAAAGGCUGUCGCUGGUGUUGAGCAGCAGAAGACUGCUAUGAAGAAGAUCAUGGAGAAGGUCGGAUCCGAGGCUUGCCUGUUCUCUUACCAGAACGACGGCUGGAAGGAGCCUGGCAACCUUGACGUUGAGCAAAACUUCGGCUGCGUUGAUGCUAUCAUCGACGCUUCAGGUCUCUCUCUGUCCAUUGACGUCUCUUUGUAG